GAGGGACAAUGGCGGCGGGGCCUGGAGUUUCAGUUCAAAGUAACAGUCCUGCGAGAGAACUAAGUCUCUCUGGCUCACAAGGGGGCUUUCAAACUCACAUAGAUCGGAUAAAACUCGAGGAUGUUUCAGAAGCAGAGAAGCAGAGCCGAGUCACUGCGUUGUUGGAGAGGCUUCAUGCCAAACACAAUGCCUCCCGACCUUGGCAAGAGACAUCCAAAGUGGUCCGGCAAGCAAUGGAAAAGCGUGGUGUGAUGAAUGCUGCAGGUCAUCAGCUCCUGCUUACCUGUCUGGAGACGCUCCAAAAGGCUUUGAAGGUGACAUCUCUGUCUUCUAUGACUGAUCGAUUAGAAUCGAUAGCCAGACAAAAUAUGCUGGGCUCCCAUCUCAGUCCAUCAGGGACAGAGUGUUACAUCACAUCAGAUAUGUUUUAUGUGGAAGUCCAGUUAGACACCGCAGGUCAACUAGUGGACGUCAAGGUGGCUCAUCAGGGAGAAAAUCCAACGAGUUGUCCUGAACUGAUUAGACAUCUGAGAGAGAAGAACUUUGAAGAAUUUUCAAAACAUCUCAAGGGACUAGUUGAGUUAUAUAAACUGCCUGGAGAUAAUAAAUUAAAAACCAAGAUGUAUAUUGCACUGCAGUCGUUGGAGCUUGAUCUCACUAAGAUGAUGCACAUGUUCAGGUUGGCAACUAAUGCUACUACAGUGGAGACUAUUCUUCAUGGCAGUGUUGGACUUCUAACGGCCAGAAGUGGAGGACACCUUGUUACCCUUCAGUGUUAUGUAUCUCCUUAUGACAUAUUCGAGGAGGACCUGGACCUAACAGACAGCAGUGUUCCGCGAUCUUUGGGUAUUAGUGUGUCUGUGACAAUUGAAGGAACAUCUGCUAUAUACAAACUUCCAAUUGCUCCUCUCAUUACUGGAUCCCACCCAGUAGACAAUAAAGGGACCCCAUCCUUUUCAAAUGUAUCAAACUCCAACAGUGUGGACUUGCCUGCUUGCUUUUUUCUAAAGAUGAACCAGCCGAUGCCUUUCUCUUUGUCCUUUAUUCAAAGAUUAGGCAAUGCUACAUCAAUUCCUGUGUUCGAAAGCCCUCCGAGCCUGUCUCCUCUCUACCAGCUAAUUGUCCAAAGCCAGCUUCAGCUCCUAGAAGAAGGAAAUGCCUCAUCAGUACCACACAGCAUGCAUUUUUACUCGGUUUUGCCAGAUCAACAGCAUUGUUACUUCUUAAAUGGAGAUGCCCCAGUGCAGGAUGGCCAUUGUCUCCAAGGGGCACUGGUGACCAAGAUCCCUUUUCGACACCCAGCACAGGUACCCCUCCUCCUGGACAUCAUCCGGCACCAGGCAGCUUACAACACUCUGAUUGGUAGCUGUGUCAAACAGACAUCUCUCAAAGAAGACACGGCAGGGCUUUUACAGUUUGAAGUUUGCCCUCUCACUGACUCUAGUUUUAGCGUUUCAUUCCAACAUCCAGUGAAUGAGUCUUUGGUCUGUGUUGUAAUGGAGGUCAUCGACUCGCGCCAAGUAUCCUGUAAACUUUAUAAAGGCCUGUCAGAUGCCCUUAUAUGCACAGAUGAAUUCAUCACCAAAGUUGUACAAAGAUGUAUGUCUAUUCCUGUAACCAUGAGAGCCAUAAGAAGGAAGGCCGAGACCAUUCAGGCAGACACUCCGGCUCUUUCUCUGAUUGCACAGACUGUGGAAACUAUGGUGAAAAACAACCUGCCACCUUCAGGCAGCCCCACCUACAACAUGGCAGCAGGAGAUCCCAUGGGACUAUCAGGACUCACAGAAGGGAACACACCGACUGGAGGAGGACCUGCUGGAGGGCCUAACUUUUCCGGUCCCAUUACAACUUUAUUUUCGAUGCCCCGGUCUGAGAGACAGAGUCAAGGAGGAGAGUGUAUGACCCCAGGUGGGGCAGCUGCACAGCAGCAGUUGCAACAACAGGCAGGUCAAGUACAUUCAGAUGACUACAACAAAGUUACCCAGAAUCCAAUACUCACAAGCUUGUUACAGAUAUCAGGAAAUGUAGGCUCUAGUCCCAGUUCCCAGAAUGCACCACAACCUCAUCAAACUCCUCCCCCCACAUCCUCCCCAGCGAGCAAUACUAAGAAUCAUCCUAUGCUCAUGAAUUUGCUCAAAGACAACCCAACACAGGACUUUGCUGCACUGUAUGGCUCAAGUCCGUUGGAGAGGCAGAAUUCCUCUGGCUCUCCCCGCACAGAAGGAGUGGGUGCAAACUGCCCUGGAAGUGGAACCAAAUUUAAGAAAAAGCGUCGACCAACAGAAAAGGGUGGGGUGAUGCCAGGUGCAGCAGCUGCUCCAGGGGCAGGGGGAACGACAGGUUUAAGCAUCAAGGGUCCACUGCCUCCACAUCUUCAACACCAUCAGGUCACACAUGAAGACGACUUCCACCGUGAGCUGCUGUCCAUGGAUGUGGACGCUUCUCAAAAUUCUAUAUUUGAUGUGAAUCUUGCUGGUGAUGGAUUGGAUACUCCCCACAGCAUCACACCAGCACCCAGCCAGUGUGAAACUCCUCCCUCUGGCCCCAGUAUACCCUACCCACAAUCUCAUGUUCAGUCCCAACAGCAGCCACCCCCAGGUGCUGUGCCUCCACGUAUAGUGCGCCUCUCCAGCUCUGACAGUAUUGGACCUGAUAUCACAGAAAUAUUAUCGGAUUUACCUGACCAGACAGGAAAAAGUAGUGGAGGGACUCAGCUUCCAUUGGGCGGUGGGGAAGAUGCGGGCCCCCUCGGUACCCCCAUUCGUGAUUCGUCUAGUUCAGGUCAAGGAAGUGCAGUCUUUGAUUCAGAUCUUUUCAACACAAACAGCAAUGAAAAUCCAUUCACUGAUGCUGCAGACCUGAUUGCCGAGGCAACAGCAACAGCAGCCACUCCCACUAGUGACUCCUCCUCCACAAAUUUCUUUCCAGACGCUGCCGACUUUAACCCUGAUCUCUUGGCAUCUGGCCAUGGUUUUUCCCAAAACUACUUUGAUGACAGUUCACCAAGUGCUGAUGGAGACAUGGAUUUAGUCAAAGGUUUUGGUGGAGGUAGCCAGCAGAAUACACCAUCUGGAACCCCCCAGAAUCCAACUCCCCAUGGACACAGCACCCCAGACCCUUCCCUCAAAGAUCCCUUUGACAUGGGUGGGAUUGUUUUUGUAGGCAAUAGUGGUGGAGGUAAACCACCUUUAGGUGCCCCAGAUUUAGGAGACACUCACAGUGGUGGUUCCCAGAGCCCUAUAAUGAUGGGAAUAGGUACAAGCAGUGAUUUUAAAAGUGGUGAAGCUAAAGUGAAACCGCAGCCACCUGGGGUGACCCGGCCAAAGGAUGAGAAUGGAGGCAGUGGAAACAGCAGUUCAGUGAUGGGGAGUAGCUCAUCAGAGGGCAAACAAGUGAAACGUAGCCGGACACCCUCCAGUGAGGGGAAAUCUAAAGACAAACCCCCUAAGCGCAAAAAACUUGAUACAGAUGGAAAGUCCCCAUCCCACAGCUCAGGGGGCCGGCCUUACACCCCUCCAAGUGGAGGUCCAGGCUCUGGGGGAAGUGGAGGAGGCUCUAAGUCACCUGGUAGCUCAGGGCGCUCACAAACACCUCCACGGAUUCCUAUCUUAACUAUCCAGAUCGGAAAAGGGACAAUAACCGGUAGGAAAAGCUCCUCUCACAGUGGCGAUAGCUCCAGUAGCUCCACCACAAGCAGCAGUGGGGGAGGAGGGGCGACAGGAAGCAGCAAAAGCCACCACUCUCACUCCUCCUCCUCGGGAAAGAUCAAGACUAAGGAAGGGUCUACACAGGGUAGCAGUUCCAAACCAGGAAGUACAGGCUCAGGAGGAGGAAGUGGGUCAUCCCAGUCCAAAAGCUCCUCUCAGGGAAUGGGAGUGGGGAAACCUGGCUCUUCUCCCAUCACCAAACAUGGACUGUCAGGACCAGGGGGCAGUGGCAGCAGUAUGGGCAGUAGCAGUAAAAUCAAAACACAGGGUGGAAAGCCCUCUGGGUCUCUCAUGAACCCAGGCAUAAAGCCCAACAUCUCCCCGUCUCACUCUCGCUCUAGUGGUUCAGGUGACAAAAUGUCCUCCCCAAUGAAGUCCCAAGUGCCAGGAACACCUCCAUCAUCAAAGGCAAAAUCCCCCAUAGGCUCAGGGAGCAGUGGCUCUGGUGGGUCAAAAUCUUCCUCAAGUUCAGGCAUGGGCUCUCAAAAACCUAUGGGAGGGGGCUCUUCGGGUGGGUCAGCAUCCUCCUCCAGCUCUUCCUCUUCAUCUAGUGCCGGCCCUUUCCCUGGAGGCUCACAGACUCAGUAUGGAGGCAGCGGAGGGGGGAGUGGUGGAGGUGGAGGGAGUGGGGGCAGUGGCAGCAGCAGUGGAAGCUCGAGCAGUGGAGCGAACAAUCAAAACAACACGAACAACCCCAACGCUAAAGGAAAGUCCCCAAGUCGCAACAAGAAGCCCUCCCUGACAGCCGUCAUUGACAAACUGAAGAGUGUUGGAGGAGUGGGAGAGGAUGGGUGCGAGAUUGGACCACAAGGAGGGGCAACCGGUCCUGGGUCCACCCCUGGGAGCGGACCUGGAAGUGCCCCUAGUGGUGGAGCUCCAAACAUAGGCCCUUCCAAACAUGGUCCCUCGUCCCAGAGUGGAGAAUACAAGCGUGAGAAAUCCGAUAAAGAAGCUAAAGCUAAAGUUUCUGUGUCAGAUGGAAACAGAGGGGAUAAAAAGAUGAUGGACUCAAAAAGCGGAGGAGUUAGUGGGACUGGUUUGGCGAAGAUAAUUAUUAGCAAACCUGAUGGUGGCUCGCCUAGCAUCAAGGCUAAAGUAUCCCUCCAGAAAACUAGCGAAGGGUCUGGGGAUUCGAUGCGCCCUCAGAUUUCAAGCCUCAAAGCUUCUCCCUUGUUCAGUGGAUCGACACCCAAACAUGAUCGCUCGUCACCCAGCCACAGCCGCUCCCCAGGGUACACCCCACUCAACCACGACAGUGAGAGUGAGUCCGGGAGCAGCUCGGUGGCAGAAAAGUCCCAUCAAAACAGCCCCAGUUCAGAUGACGACCAAACCAUGAGACCCCUUCCUCCACAGGAUUACAUGAGCUCAAUGAGUUCAGGAGAGAAGCACAAGAAGCAUAAGAAGGAGAAAAAGAAACAAAAAGAGAGGGAGCGAGAGAGGGACAGAGACAGAGAGCGAGAAAGGGACAAGGAGAAAAAGAAGUCCUCUAUAUCUAUAAGCUCCUCUUCUCACCCCAUUAAAGCUGACAGUUGGUCCCGCUCCCCGAUCUCCGUGUCCGAUUCUAGUAUGUCGAUGAUGGGAUCUGACCGCCCCUCCAGACCCAGCCCAAUGUACAUGAGAAAUGAAGACGACGACCUCAUGGACUCAGCUCUUACUGGAAACCUGUGAUUUUUUUUAUGUCAAAAAACAUCUUGUCUGUUCUGUAUAUUAUUUCUGUUACCAUCUUUUACUCAAGCUUUUAUUUAUUCAAUAUUGGCCAAAAUCUAGAAUCUAGCAAAUAGGAUUGUUCAAGGAAUCAUUGACAUGUGAUUUUAAAUAUUUAACAGACUCAUCUGAAUAACAUUGUAUAAUGUCAUUGGAGACUGCCAUGGCAUUUUUUGAAGUAUGUCACCGAACCCUUACAACCAUCUCAGUUUCAAUAUAAAACAGUAUAUUUCUGUCUAGUAAUUUGUAUUUUUUUGCUAUUACUAGUUUUCAUACUCAUAUUGGAUAAUGUUCCAUCUCCACUGUAUGUUGUCAAAAUAACUGUUUUUAAAGUAUUGUACAGCUAGGAAGAUUCCAUGUUUGCAUUGUUUUGCAGAAACAAAGAGGAUUUUUAUACUUGCACAUUUUAUAUGUAAAUUACUUUUGAUGAAUAGAUGAUGCUGAUGUUACAAUUGUUAAUUUUAAAUGUUAAAAUGAUCAAAGCUUGAAAUAAAUAUUUCAAUGCU